AUGUUGAAGACAUCUCCCAUUCUCACCAAUUCUGCCAAUGCGUCGCCCACCAGCUUUCGCCGCGGCCAUGUGACUCCUCGAUCACCCCAGCUGUCCCCCCGUCAAUCGACUUCAACUUCGACUUCCAACGCACGUCGACCACCGUCGGUGGCAUCGUCUUCGCCAAAUGCGUCAUCUGAUAACUCUCCUCCCUCCCACCGCCCAAAGCAAUGCGAUUCCGCCACCGACGGGACGCUGCAGCAUGACAAUAUAACUUCGCGCCGAAAGCUCAAUCAUACUUCUCCGUCGUCUCAUGUCCAGCACAUUGUCACGCCUGCCGCUUCGGGGUCACUGCCAAGCGCAUCGCCUGCGCAAACUGAACCACCGGUCGCAUCUGACGCCGAGGCGCAGAAAGUCUUGUCACCAAACAAGCGAAGGGUCUCUCCAAGCCGGCCGACGCAUGGCUCAACCUCGCAGAAUGGCGGGCACAAUGGAGAGGGAGCCUCGCCGUCAACAACGACCGCGCCGAAGCGAGCGAGAACGGAUGGGGAGCCAAAAAUUUUACCUCGACGUUACGAACUUUGCGCUGUAGACGACAUUGUGGAGUUGAUAGCGCACAUGUUGGCCGAGUUGAUUGCGACAAACGACGCUAUUCGGAUAUCUAGUGGCGGACUGACUCGGUUUCAUUCUAGAACUGCACCGGGCAUAUCUGUACGAGACUAUCUGCAUCGUCUGGCGAGACACGCCACGCUUACACCUCCUCUUUUGCUCUCCAUGGUGUAUUAUAUCGAUCGUUUAUGCGCCUUGUACCCUGAGUUCACAAUAAACACUCUGACGGUUCAUCGAUUCUUAAUCACAGCGGCCACUGUCGCUGCAAAGGGCCUGUCCGACUCAUUCUGGAACAACACGACCUACGCUAGAGUUGGAGGCGUCCGAGUUGCGGAGCUGAAGUUACUAGAGCUGGAAUUCCUCUAUAGAGUGGACUGGAAAAUCGUGCCUAACCCAGAGGUGCUCGUCGCAUAUUAUAAAGGCUUAGUAGAACGAACGCCACAAUACACUUUGGAGUCUGAUGGCUCCUCGGACGACUCGUCCAUAGACGAUGAAGUCGAUAUUGGAGAAGAGGAAGAAGGGCAGCAAAAGAUGGAAGACGCAGCCUCUUAG